AUGAGCUACUACGGCAGCUACUACGGAGGCCUCGGCUAUGGCUGUGGAGGCGUCAGUGGCCUGGGCUACGGCUAUGGCUGUGGAGGCUACGGAUAUGGCUGUUAUCGCCCAUCAUAUUACGGAGGAUACGGAUAUGGUUGUUGCCGCCCAUCUUGCUGUGGGAGAUACUGGUCUUCUGGCUUCUACUGA